GAUAUAUGCAGAUUUUGAAUCAUUGUUAGAACCAACUGAAAUUAGUAGUCAUACUGAUACUUCUAGUAGUAGUGAUACUGAUGAUUCUGAUACUCUUAAUAGUCCUAUUACUCCUAACACUAUUAGGUUGCAACAUCAUAUUCCAGCUGCCUUUGCAUACUAUAUUGUUUGUAAUGCAGAUCCAAGUCAUAAUCGCUAUGUUUCUUAUCGCGGUACUGAUUGCGUUGACAGAUUUAUUGAAGCAAUAUAUAAAGAUGUUGCUCAUAUUCAUAGGGUUGUUACCAAAAAUACUCCCAUAAUAUUCAACAAAAAUGACGAGCUAAAUUUUCUGAAUGCGGUGCGAUGUCAUAUUUGUAACCAUUUAUUAUUUUCUGAUAGGGUCGUGAUCACUGUCACAUUACGGGAAACUACCGCGGCGCAGCCAGGGACCGGCCCGCUAUCCCUUAUAAGGGGUUUUGUAAGGGUUUUGCAUAAGGCUUAACUCACCAGACCCUUUGCCCGUCGAAACCCUUUCAUUUUGCUUUUAAAGCCCUUAUAUUAAAGCUAACCCUUUUGAGUAAUCGGUAUCCAAUACCCUUACAAAACCCUUAUCAUCCGCUCACCAACACCUUGCAUAUCGCUUAUAAGGGUUAGCCUUAUAAAGGGCUUCCCUUUCAGCAUAUAAGCGUGCUAAUUUAAAUCGUCUACCUUGUUCAUAAAGCACACAUUACUCCAAAUCGAAUACUAAGCGAUCGCCGGCGGCGGCGGCGUUCUUUGAUGUUCGCGCGCUUCCGAAUGAUCGAAGCCGCUGUAGGUGAAAUACGGUUCAAUUUUCAAUGGCAAAGAGUUGUGAUUGGCUGUUGCUUUGCGCGGAUCGAGCGCAUCGUCACGUCGCUUUUUUCUUCAGUCUUAGACACGCGCCAAUGUUAUCACUACUACUUACUCGUAAUUGACAGUGUUUGUUUUACAAAUCUACUACGUAAGUGAGGACUGAAGUGACCAUUUUUGUUAUUAUUGUUGUCCACGCCGUUGCUACUACAUACGAAUCAUACCUACGAUGCCAAAAGCAAAAGUUGACGCUGUUCACCGGUAUUUUUAUUUGAUGUGGAAAGUAAUAAAGGCCAAUGUACAUUAUGUGGCAACAAGCUAAAGGGAAAACACACCAGCAACCUCAAAUGUCACUUAUCAACAAGGCAUUUACCGGAAUACAAUGAAAUUAUACAUAUAAAUAAAUCAAAUCAAGCAUCAAGACUUUCAGGCGAGAAUUCUACAAAGAGUGAGGAUGAGAAUCGUGUAGAAAAUCUUAAAGAUUUAUGCAUGCAGUUAAUUGCCGUCCAUGGUCGCCCUCUUGCAUUAGUAAGUGACGUUCCGUUCAGAAAAUUUAUGAAACUGGCAGCAACGGCACCAAGAGUAACAAAACCAAUAGAUUUAAAUGCUCAAUCUCAAAUCAAAGUAAUAAACGAAAAAUCAGUUCGGGCAUUGAUACCAGAAACAGCGUACCAAAUUAAGUUAAAAAUUGCUUCGGAGAUUCGAGAAAAAUUGAUCAGCCUAAAAGUAGAUUCAGCUACUUGCUCGGAACGCAAAUUCUUCGGAGUUAAUAUUCAGUAUCUGAAUAACGAUAAGAUUAUAGUCAGAAAUUUAGCAAUUGCAGAAAUUUUUCAAAAUCAAACGGCCGAAUUUUUAAAAGAAAAACUGUUAGAAAUACUAUCCGAGUUCUAUAUUUCGACUGAUCAAAUUUACUCUUUGACUACUGACAACGGGUCAAAUAUGAAAAAAAUGGUUAAAUUGUUAAAGGGUAAUUAUUGUUCCGAAGACUUAUUUGAAGACACUACAGAUAAUUCUGACCCUGAUAUGUCUAGCGAUGAAGAAGAUGAUCAGCUGAAUGAAGUAUCAGAAGAAACUGCCAAUUUCGAGUCGACUUUGCUACAAAAUGCUGUUAGUAAUGACACUCACAAAGUGAGGGGUAUGUUAUGCGCAGCACACACUUUACAAUUAGCAAUUAAAGACGCUAUCAAUGAAAGUGUUGAGGUCCAAGUAACUUUAGACCUAGCCAGGAAGAUUGCAAAGAUUCUGCUUAUUCCAACAAACAGGAAUCUAUUGAAAAUAGCACAUUUGAAAGUACCUAUUAUUGAUUGCGCAACAAGAUGGACCUCAAAAUAUGAUAUGCUCGUACGUCUUCAAUCAUUAAAAGAAUUUUGUGAAAAUAUACACGAGGUUUCCAGAUUAGCCUCAGGUCAGUUUUGGGAAGAAAUCGAGCAAUUCAUAACUUGUCUGAAGCCGUUGUAUGACUGCACUCUCAUUCUUCAAAGAGAGCAAUUAACCGUGGCACACAGGCGGAUUUUCCUAAAUUUCUGGCCAAAAGUCCAAUGUACCAAAUCAACGAUAAUAGUCACGUGACUUUAUUUUUUGUAUCUGUAUCGUUCCUAAGAUUGAAUGACAACCCUCAUAACAAUUUAAACGAACGUUUUCAUAACUACCCACAUUAACGAAGUAUCGACUUCUGACCAAAGGUUAAUUACUUGUUAAAACUAAGUGUAUUUAUAUAACAUAUUCUAUUGUUUUGAAGUUGUUUGGUGUGAUUUAUAUAAUGGAUUGUGAAGCUGGAGGUAUGUAACUAUAUAUUUAACAUGAAUGUUCAUACUUUUCAGUUUGUUUAUACACAGGAAAAAAAAAGUUAAUUUACAAUCGAAUUUUUACCUGUUGGUUACUUAUAUUAGUGUAUAAAGUUCAAUAUUCAAUAGAAUCUGACUACUGAAUGAAUAUUAUAGUAAAGACAAACAUAUUAGCUAAACUAUUUUGAUAGUUUAGGUUGCUAAUACGUGCUAAUUUGUUUUUUAUUAGACAAUUAUCAGUUGGAAGUAAAAAUCACGAAAACAGUUUUUUUUUAUUUUUUCUUUGUUUUUAGGUUCAUCUUCUGAGAAUAUCAUUAUAAGUCGUCGACAAUUGCUUGCAUAUUAUAGAACUGCCAGUUCCAAAUAAAAAAAUACCUGGACUUUUUAAUGAUGAAAUGAAAGGAAAAAUGAUUAAAGAGUUUGUAGGGCUGCGUUCAAAAGUUUAUUGUAUUAAAACCAUUGAUAAAGUUAUUAAAAAAGCUAAGGGUGUGAGAGAACCUUUCAUUACAACAAGCAAAUUUAAGUUUUCAAAUUACGAGAAAUCAUUAUUUGAAGGAGAUGUAAUAAAAAGAAGAAACAUUUUAUUUAAGUCCAUUAAGCACAACAUAUUUACCGAAAGUGUAAAUAAAAUUGCUCUUUCAGCUAAUGACGACAAGCGUAUGAUUUCUGACAACCAAAAAUCCACAAAAGCUUGGGGACAUAUCUCAAUACUUAAUGUUUAAUUGUUAAUUUAUUGACAUAAGCAUACAUAAAUAUUAAGAUUUAAACGUACUGUAUUUUUGACUCCAUUAUGUGUAAUUUGGUUAAUAUUUUACUGAUGAAUGAUGUCUUA